CUCUCAUCUCUGAACCUGCUCAGAUCCGCUCGGAUCAUUUCACACCAGUCCAGGGGAAGAACUGAACCCGAGACCCUGAACAUUGACACACGUGAGGAGUUAAACUUGCAAACCCCUUCUGAUCUGAUCUUUGAAGCUUCCGAUUAAUUUUAAUGUAAAUGCAGACAUGUUAUUUUUAAGAAGGCGGUGUUUAUGUUUAUUAUUUUUUUAAAUAUUGCGCUUGAAACCUCUAUCGUUAAGCUCAUUCGUGUCUAAAGGAAUUUUUUCAUGAGAAAAACCGCGUUUCAUUGACAACGAUGCUCGUGGAUUUAUAUAUCGCGCACGUUUUAGGAUAUUUAAAAACAUGUAAGAUUGCAAAGUUAGUGGUAAGUGAGGCGUUAAUAAAGGUGAUAGUUUGAAAAUAAAUUUUCCGGAAUACAAAUCAGUUUAUGUAACGUUACAGUCCUGUGAAUAUUUAAAUCAUUUAACGUUACUACUACAUGAAUCCUUUGGUUUUUAAUGCGUUUUUAUAUUGCGCUUUUUUGGAGGGAUUAUGUUAGAUCUAUGUUGAAUAUUUCACCCUGAGACUGUUCCUCUUUAAGAGUCAUGAUGGCAAAACAUUGUCCUAAUGAUGACCUGAGUAAGAUCUCUGAUGAUGAACUGAUCAGAUGGAGCAAAGAGGACUUGAUCAAGAGACUGAGAAAGGUUGACAGUGAGAAGAUGAACCUGAUGCUGGAGCAUGGGAACAUGAUGAAGGACAUCAACCGCAGACUGCAGGUGCACCUCCAUGAGAUCCGUAAUCUAAAGGAUAUCAAUCAGAAACUGCAAGACGAUAACCAGGAGCUCAGGGAACUCUGCUGCUUUCUCGAUGAUGAUCGGCAGAAAGGUAAGAAGCUGUCUCGGGAAUGGCAGAGGUUUGGGAGGUAUACGGCAAGCUCCGUGUGGAAAGAGGUGAGCACGUAUCAGCAGAAACUCAAGGACCUAGAGGUUAACCAGGAAAACAUUCUUCGGGAGAACGCAGAACUAAAGGAAAUCAUUCUCAUGUUGGAUGAAGAUAGGAAUGGAGCUGGAUCUAGGAGUUCUAUUGACAGCCAGUCCAGUCUGAGCAACCUAAAUGGAGGUUCGGGCACUGUCAGAGAUGUAGGUGAUGGGAGCAGUACCUCCAGUGCUGGAAGUGCUGGCAGCCCAGACCAUCAUCAUAAUCAUAUGCACAAGACUGUAGAACCCAAGAUUGGCACCAUAAGACGAUCUAUGGAUGAUCUCUCCGCUCCACAUCAUCACAGGAGCAUCCCCAAUGGACUCAAUGAUGCAUCCUCAAACUACAUUCGCCAGCUGGAAACCAAGGUCCGGAUUCUAGAGGACAAUAACAACAAACUGCUUUCACAACCCUGUAGCCGUUAUAGCUUAUCAAAGCUGUCCAUGAAGUGUAAUCCAGGAGACCUGCGAGCCCUGCGGAAGGGUAUGACUCUCUACCACUCAGAAUCACAGCUGUCCUCCCUCCCCCAGAGGCAGGAGGCCCUGCUGAAUGGAACUGGAAGACUACAGACCAGUGAAUCUUCUCCCUCCACUGGGUUUAUCUCAUCUGUACAGAAACCUGAAGCUGUGGUUCAUGCAAUGAAGGUUCUGGAGGUCCAUGAUAAUCUGGACAAGCAGCUUCCAGAAGAAAGUGAGGAAGACCUGAGUGAGAAAGAGAAAGCCAUAGUGCGAGAGAUGUGCAACGUGGUGUGGCGAAAGCUGGGUGAUGCAGCAGGAUCAAAGCCGUCCAUCCGACAGCAGCUCUCUGGGAAUCAGUUCAAAGGUCCUCUAUAGCAUAUGAGGAACAUUCCUCCUUCUGUUCAUCCACCUUGAAACUCCAACAGGGCCAAACUGAGAAACCACUCACAGCAACAACAGGCAACAUGAACACUCCUGUCCACAACCAUCUUCCAUGUCAAGUCAUUUGGAGUCGAACUUGCCAUUGACAUUGGAUCACUCCGCACCAGUUUUCAGAUAGUAGCCAUGUUUUAUAUUCAGUCAGUAGGUGAACAUUAUAAGCAAUAAUCUGCAUGGAAAUAACAUUGUUUGAUUAUUAAUUAUAUUUUUUUUAUUAUGGAUCUUGUUUGAAUUCAUGGCCUUGGCCCAAAUGGCACAUCGUCUAUGAACCAGCAGUCAUUGACAGUUACCCAACAGUCAAUGUGGUCUCCACAAAGAACCAUAAAGGACGGUACCCAUUUGGGACAAGGCCCAUGAAGUGUUUACAACUGGCAGCUAGUCAUGUUCAGUCAGUUUGCCUCAUUUGUAUUAUUAUUAUUUUUUUUUUUUUUUACUUAACAGUGAUGUCAGAAAACUCAUUAUUGUGUCCUUACAAUCUUCUAUACAAUGUUGGGUCCAUCAAACUUCCAGAGCAAAAUGGGCGAUACCAGAUAAGGCUCACUCCACUCCACUGUGUUCUGGUACCCUUUCUGUGCAUCAGUAACGUACAGAAAUGACUCUGAAAGACAAUGUAAGAUAUGUACAAAAGCUUUAAAUCACUUUAUUAUUAUGUUGUCUUUUUAAGUCUUUUUACUUUUUCUAGUGGCUGUUUUUAACUCAACAGCGUAUGGGGUUUCUUAACAGCGCAACACUUUUUAAACAAUGCAGCUGAGACACAAUAACAGCACAAUACAUGCUAAAUAUGAUUUUCCCUGUUCUUGUAUAAAAAACAGCUGGUGGUCACAACUGAAAUCCAUUGUUUUUGUAUGUUUAAGAUGUCAAAUUUCAAAACAGUGUGCUGUGCAUGCUUGACAAUCACGUCUCUCAGGUCUGGGGAAAUUACAAGUGUACGUCAAAAUCAUGUGGCUGAAACAAUAGAUUUGUCCUUUUUCCAGCCUUUUUGUUUAUAUCCAUGAUUACAGUUGGUUGAGAAUGGCACUGAAUCCAUUUGAACUGACCCUUUAACAGUCAAGACUAAUAUAUUGACAGAAAUCAUUGUGGUAACCUAAUGUUUAAAGAUCUAAGCUGUCCGGUUCAACCCUAAGUAGGGGUGACCUUCAAAUCUAAGACUCCUCUAAGGCCCUUUCAUGUCAUGCAGGUCAAGGCAUAACACACCACCAGUGUUGGCGGUAAUGCAUUGCUUUUUUCAAGUAACUAGUAAAGUAACAUUACAUUUAAAUUUACUACAAAAUAUCAGUUAGUUACUUUUUCAAAUUAGUAACGCAAAUUACUUUGUUUUAUUUUUUUAUUGACUGACAGCUCUCCUGUCCCCAUGUUGAGAGAAAUCAGAAGUAAUGCUGCCUUCACGUGCUCUCGGAAUUAUCGUAAAUACGAGUUUCCUAGGUAAAAAUUGCACAUGAAUGCCCUCCAAUUUCCAAUUUAGAAUAUGGAGUUACAUGUAGAACGACCACCAUUCACAAAGUUAUUCAUGUUUUCCACCCUUUGCUUGUUGGCUUAUUCAGUAUUUUGGCUAAUUUGAUAAUGUUUUCAGUUCUCAUUGUGUAGUGUAGUACUUUCAUCACUAUAUGACGAAUUUUAUGUUUAAAUUCCACACAUUUUCCCUCAAAAGCCUGCAGGGCCUGCUAUUCAACAGAGAACAAGCAGCAAUCCUAAGUAGUGAUCAAGGAUAUAGCAAGUGAUAUUUAGCUAAUUUAAAUGCAUGUCAGCAACUGUUUAAUGUAUGUGAGUCUCUUUUUUUCUGCUAUUUUCUUUCAAUGUCAGAUAAACUACUUGGCCAAGUUCUAAAAUAGGCAUGCUUAUAAAUGAAACACUAAGGCUGUGUUCAGAAUGCAAUUUUAACAUACUGAUUAUUGUGCAAUACAUGCUGAAUACUAACAUAAAAAACAAAUAGUAUGUAAAACAAUACACAUUAUACAACCAUAAACAGUAGUAUUGUCAUAUGGAAAAGUAAAAUAUUUCAUAUUCAAAUAAAUUUCAGCUAAUUCCAGUUCGAUCUUCACUCUGGAAAUGGAAGGUUGAACGCACUGCAUUGUGGGAUACAAUAUUGUUAAAAGUGUUCUUUGUUGUAUACCGGAUUUUGGUAAAUAUAUAUCGCAAAAAUUAUGAGUAAUAUGUUAGUAAACUAUUCUGAACAUAGCCAAAAAUGGCUAAAGAAAGAGUUUGAAGAGUUUUAACGAAUUAAUCAGAGGUGUUUUCUCUUUAUGGAAGAGUGUGUUUGAUUGGCUGGUAUGGGGUUUGACCCACCUGUCACAAACAUGAGAAGUUGCUGUUGUUAAUGAAAGGAGUUGCAAACAGAUCCUAUACAGAUUCUCUUGGGAAAUGGUCUGAACACAAAGCCAUGAUUUACUUUUCUUUCUUUUUUUUUUUUUUUUUUUUUUUGAUGAUGAUUUUAUUUGGCUCAUGUGCUGCCUCUUUUGUGCAUGAGGUUUUGUUCGAAACCUAUGCACCUAUACCCUGUGUUGUUUUAUUGUGUACAACCUCUGAAGGUUUAUCCUGUCUUCAGUGCAAGCAUGACUGCUGGAGACGUCGGGGUGAUGUUUUAUGACGGAGAUGUAAAGAAAAAAGUUGUACAAAGUGAACCAAGCCGAUUUUGUCAAUAAAAAGCAAACUAUU